AUGUCUUUCGAGCAGAAAAGUGGCUUCCAAGCCAAUGCAGCAUUGGAUGAGAAGACUGACUCGUCCAUUGGCGAGGUUCAGGAUCUAGGCUAUGAUGCAGAGGCCGAGAAAAAGGUGCUACGGAAGUUUGAUAGAUUCCUGCUACCUCCUAUCGCCGUCAUUCUUCUGGUCGCAUAUCUUGAUAGAUCAAAUCUGGGAAACGCCAAAGUGUUCGGCUUCGAAGAUGGUAUCGGUCUGGUUGGAAACCAGUUCAACACGAUUUCUACCCUCUUUUAUCCUUUCUAUGUUCUGUUUGAAGUUCCUUGGACAAUGGCUGUGAAACGCUUUGGAGCCAACCAUGUUCUCGGUAUUGCUAUGAUCGCUUGGUCUGUCAUCACUCUAUGCACAGGCUUCAUCCAGAACUACUCGCAAGCAAUCGCUGUCAGAGUGUUGCUCGGAGCCUUCGAAGCUGGGCUUGUACCCUCGAUAGUGUUCAUCAUCAGUACCAUCUGGGAGAGGGAAAGACAGAGCAAGAGAGUCGCCAUUAUAUAUGGUAUGAAUUGCCUUUCGGGGGCGAUAGGCGGGCUCAUUGCCUACGGUAUCGAGAGUAUGGGCGACCGCAAUGGGCUUGAAUCCUGGCGAUGGUUGUUCAUUGUUGAAGGAGCUAUUUCUGUUGUCUUAUGCUGCAUCUGCUGGUGUCUACUACCAAAGAAUGCUGAGACUGCAUGGUUCUUGAACGCAGACGAGAAGGCCAUUAUGGUUGCCAGAAAGCAGAGAAAUCUUGUCACAAGAGGCACCGAGGAGUUUUCUUGGUCACACGUUCGCGUUGCCUUCACUGACCCGAUCAUUUACAUCGCCUCGGCAAGCUUCUUCUCGGCAUCCAUCGCUCUGUUUGGGUUUGGAACCUUCUUACCGACUAUCAUCAAGGGUCUCGGAUUUACCUCGUUGCAAGCAAAUUAUAUGACCAUCCCAGUCUACCUCUUCGCCACUCUCACGCUUGUCACUGCUACAUUCGCCUCCGAUCGCAUCAAGAAAAGAGCAUCUGUUCUAGUCGUCUUGCCAGUCGCACCCAUAAUCGGAUACAUCAUUGCAUGUGGCACAGCAAGUCAUGCGGCCGGAUACUUCGCAAUGUUCCUCUGCGGUGGUGGCAUCUACAGCUACAACUGCAUUAUCCUGACAUGGAUCUCCACCAACAUCAGCCCGGACUACAAGCGUAGUAUGGCUAUGCCAUUUUUCGUCUCGUUGGCCAACAUCUCAGGUGUCGUAUCUAGUCAGAUUUAUCCUAGCACCGACGGUCCAAGGUAUCUAAUGGGUAAUGCUGUCAGCGCUGGUAUGGAGACACUUGCGCUGUGCGGUGUAGUAGCUGUGUGGUGGACUUUGAGGCGUAGAAACAUGGAGAAAGAGAAGCUGAGAGCAGAAGGUGUAGAAGACAACGGCAAGAUUGGUGACCAAGCUUUAGACUUUGUGUACAAUCUUUAA